AUGUCGGAAAACACGCAAUAUGACAAUACAAGAGAUUCUGGUGGUCAAUCUCCAGUUAAUAAUAAUAAUGCUUGGCAGGAGAGUGGGUUCGCACAUACGAGACCACGUAGAUACACGACGAGGAGCAGUGUAAGCGAAAGGCAGAGUGGUCUAUCGGGACUUGAAGAAGAAGAUUCAGACAUCGAUGAUCAGACAACGGUUCCCGUUACAGCAUAUGUACAGCAAUAUCUCGACGAAGGUUCCUAUUUUCCAGUCCAGGAAGUGGUGCCAAAUACCUCACUGAAUAUGAACAUGUAUCGAAGGAAGAGAGGUAACACUGUUACGUCCAAUGUAAUUGCUUCGAGGCCAAUGGAAGCGAACUACACGGGCUCUGUAUCAUCUCCAGAUCCUGCGCUUCAGAACCAGAACAAUGAAGGGGGUGUACCAGCGAAUGAUCCAAAUGACCCAAACAACGUAAAUAACGCAAUUACUAUGAUGGUUAAACCUAAGACUUUGUACCAGAACCCUCAAACCCCAACUGUUUUACCUUCUACGUACUAUCCGAUUAACAAAUGGUCAUCUUUCAAGUACCAGCAUAUGAAAGAGUUCUUUGGUGAGUUCCUGGGGACAAUGAUAAUGAUGAUGUUCGGAACAGCCGUUGUUUGCCAAAGCAAAUUAUCAGAACAAGAUAAAAUAAAUCAGUUUAACCAAAUUCUAGCAAUGAACCACAAGAGCAAUGAUGAUAUAUCCAUGCUACAAUAUAUCGCAACACCCAAUGUCGCUGGAAAUUUUGUCAGUAUCGCCUUUGGUUGGGCUGGUGCAGUAGUUAUGGGAUACUUCGCAGCUGGGGGUAGUGCGAUAUCGGGUGCCCAUUUGAAUCCCGCUAUUACUGUCUCUAAUUUUAUAUACAGGGGUUUCCCAUUUAGAAAGUUGGGCUUUUACUUUAUGGGUCAAUAUGUGGGUUCAUAUUUAGGAUCCCUAUUAAUGAUAUGGUACUAUCACAAGGUUAUUGCCCACGUUUAUCCCAAUUGGCCGCAGGAAGAAAGUGUUGUAGCAAUGUUCAGUGUUGUGCCAUUAGAUUACCUCUCAACUCCACGUCAAAUCAUCGCCGAGUUUGUUAUUGGUGCGAUGUUACAGUGUGGCAUUUUCUCAUUAACUGAUCCUUAUACCUGUUUAUCAACCGAUCUCUUUCCGGUUAUGCUGUUCAUCCUGAUUUUCUCCCUCAACGCAUCAGGUGCAUACCAGACAGGGGCGGUGCUAAAUCCUGCUAGAGAUAUGGGACCGCGUCUGGCUUUAUGGACCAUAGGUAUGGAUAAAGAUGUGAUUUUUAAUUCCCAUCAUCACUUCUUUUGGGUCCCAAUGGUUGUUCCAUUCCUUGGCAGUUUCGCUGGCGGAUUAGUUUACGACUUUUGUAUUUACCAGGGUCACGAAUCACCACUUAAUCUACCGUUAUCAGCGUAUACUGACUGGUUUAGAAGACAGUGGGAUACCAUUAAACUCAAGACUUCUUCUGGCUUAAAAGGAACAGAUCUAGAAACUAUUGAUUCAGGCCACACACUUUCGCACAUUGAAAGUCAUAGAUCGCAGCUUUCUGAGAAUAAACAAGUACACUUUAAGAGUGUGUUAAGGAACUCCAAAUUGAGAAACCCUUCUACUGGUGUGCCUACAAUCUUUGAAUCUGAAGAAACAACAUAUUCUAGGCCGAACUUUGAACAGAAAACAAGUAAUGGAAGUAUUUAG